AUGAAAAUUGGAUCUGCUUCGGGCAGUUCCCGGGGCAGGCCCCGCCCCCUGAAUAAAAAGGGGAGAAUUCUGGACUGUUCUGGGAUUUCGGCCCAACGGGGAGGGAAAGAUCCGGCUCCAGCUCCAAAUUCCGCCAACAAGAAAAAUUCUCCCCAUCACCAGGAGUGGGUGUGGAAUUUUGGGGAAUUCACGGAAUUCCCAAAAUCCCGUUUUUCCUCCAAUUCCUGGCAGAUGGGGCAGUGGAGCCGCCUGGAGCUGGCGCUGGGGGCGCUGUUCCUGGUGGCAGUGGCCGUGGCCGGAGUGCUGCUGGGCAUCCUGGGGACGUGGGACCCCAAAUCCCGGGAAACCCGUUUUUCCCCUCAGUGCCCAAAUGUAUCCCUGGCUGAGCGCCUCGACUGCAUCCCUGACCAUGCAGCCACCAAGAGUCUGUGUGAACGGCGCGGCUGCUGCUGGAGCCCGCUCAGCGAGCCCGGGGUGCCCUGGUGUUUCUUCUCCUCUGAGCACGGCUACCGGCUGGAGAGCGGCCCCCACACCACGAGCCAGGGCCUCGAGGUGCUCCUGCGCCGGCUCCCGUCCCCGUCACUCUUCGGGGCAGCCGCGGACCUCGUGCGGCUCCGGGCGCAGUUCCAGAGCUCCGCGCGGCUCCGCCUGCAGUUCACCGACCCCGAAAAGCAGCAGUUUGAGGUCCCCCACGACCACAUUGGGCCCUUUUCUGGCCCCGCUGCCUCUGACCCCAAAUAUCUGCUGAAAUUCCAGGAAAAUCCCUUUGGGAUCCAGGUUAUCCGAGCCAGCACCGGCAAAGUCAUAUUCGACACCACCAUCGGCCCCUUGGUGUUUUCCGAGCAAUUCCUGCAGAUUUCCACCCGAAUUCCCAGCUCCAACGUCUAUGGCCUGGGGGAGCAUCUCCACCGGAGCUUCCGGCACGAUCUGCACUGGAAAACCUGGCCCCUCUUCAGCCGCCACGCCGCCCCCUCUGCUAGUGUGGAGAACUUGGCCGGAGUACAUACAUUUUUCCUCUGUUUGGAAGACAAUUCUGGAGCUUCCAUGGGUGUUUUCCUGAUGAACAGCAAUGCCAUGGAGGUGGCACUGACUCCGGCUCCCGCCGUCACUUUCCGGACAAUUGGAGGAAUCUUGGAUUUUUACAUCUUUUUGGGGGACACACCCGAGCAGGUGGUGCAGGAAUAUGUACAGUUUAUUGGGCUGCCCGCCCUCCCACCGUAUUGGGCACUGGGAUUCCAGCUCAGCCACCGCAGUUACGGAUCCCUGGAUGAGGUGAAGGCUGUGGUGGAGCGGAACCGGGCAAUUGGGCUGCCCUAUGAUGUGCAGUACACUGACAUCGAUGCCAUGGACGGGUGCAAGGAUUUCACCUACGACAAAAUCAAAUUCCACGAUCUUCCCAAUUUCCGCAAAUUCCUGAGUGCCGCUGAGCAGAAAUUCGUCAUUGUCCUGGAUGCUGCCAUCGCCAUGGAGCCAAUGGCAGACGGGAGCCCCUACAGGACCUUCGAGAGAGGCCAGGAGAAACGGGUGUGGGUCAACGAGUCUGAUGGCGUCACACCGCUAAUUGGGGAGGCACGGCCAGGCCAGGUGGUUUUCCCAGAUUUCUCCAACCCCGUGUGUGUGGAGUGGUGGGAGCAGGAAUUCCAAAGAUUCCAUGAGCUCAUCCCCUACGACGGCAUCUGGAUCGACAUGAACGAGGCUGCAUGCUUCAUCCCUGGCUCCACCAGAGGCUGCACUGACAGCACAUGGAACUUUCCCCCCUACACCCCCCGUGUGGCUGACUGGCCGCUCUUCAGACGGUCACUCUGCCUGGAUGCUGUCCAGUCCUGGGGCCGGCAGUAUGACGUGCACAGCCUGUACGGCCACUCCAUGGCACUGGCAACGCUCCGGGCUCUAGGCCGGCUGUCCCCAGGGCGCCGCAGCUUCCUGGUGUCUGGCUCAACCUUUGCGGGCUCCGGACGCCUCGGUGGCCACUGGCUCGGGAACAAUGCAGCCACCUGGGACCAUCUGCGAUGGGCUACCCCUGCUCUGCUGGAAUUUGGCCUCUUUGGGAUCCCCUAUGUGGGGGCUGCCAUCUGUGGGUCCUUGGGGGCAGCUCCGGAGGAACUUUGCCGGCGCUGGAUGCAGCUUGGGGCCUUUUAUCCCUUAGCCAGGAACCACAACCACGAAAGCAGCACACCACAGGAUCCAGCUGCAUUCGGUGCCAACUCGGUGCUGGUGAACUCAUCCCGACACUACCUGAGCAUCCGGUACCACCUGUUGCCCUACCUGUAUUCACUGUUCUACCGUGCCCACACCCGUGGAGAUACCGUGGCUCGACCACUGCUGCAUGAGUUUUACGCUGAGGAGGCCACAUGGGACGUGAAUGGGCAGUUCCUGUGGGGUCCAGGGCUCCUCAUCACCCCUGUGCUCGAGCCUGGUGUGGAGGUGAUCUCGGCUUACAUUCCCGAUGCUGUCUGGUAUGAGUACGAGUCGGGCUCCAGGCUGUGGAUGCGGAAGCAGUGGACUCACCUGUACCUGCCUGCAGAUAAGCUGGGGCUGCACCUGCGCGGGGGCCACAUCUUCCCUGUGCAGCACCCGGCCACCACCACAGCUGCCAGCCGCAGGAAUCCCAUGGGGCUCAUCGUGGCACUGGAUGAGAACCAGGAGGCAACGGGGGAGCUUUUUUGGGAUGACGGAGAAUCUGCAGAUACUGUGAGCAGCAAAUCAUACAUUUUCUACAACUUCUGGUUUUCCAAAACUGUGCUGGAGCUGUCAGUGGCCCACAACAACCUCUCAGAGCCUCACGGGCUGGAGUUCCAGGAACUGCGCGUGCUGGGGCUACGGCAGGCGCCACUGGCCAUCACCGUGACAUCCAGCAAAGCCACUGUCCCAUCACCCCACAAUCUCACCUAUGACGCUGCCACACAGGUCACCAUAGUCCAGGGGUUGCGGCUGCGCCUCGGUCAAUCCUACAGCCUGCGCUGGACACUGGGGACACGCGACAGUGACCGCUUUGAUUGUCAUCCCGCCGAGGGUGCGUCCCGUGAGAGUUGUGAGCACCUUGGCUGCAUCUGGAAUGAAAAUACCUCAGGCGUCCGUGUCCCCUACUGCCACUACAACGGCUCCGAUAACGGUUACUCUGCCUCGGACAUCAGGUACUCACCCACCGGAGCCACAGCCACCGUGACCCUAGAGCGCCAUGGCCAUGCCAGUACCACUGCAGCCACCAUACCCAUUGAGACCCUGGGCCUGGAGGUGACCUUCCACAUGGACCACCUGCUGCAGUUCAAGAUUUACGACCCUGCCACUCAGCGGUACGAGGUUCCAGUGCCACUCUCACUCCCGGGCAGCCCCCAGGCCUCAGUCCAGCGCCGCCUCUAUGAUGUCACCAUCCAGGAGCGACCCUUUGGGGUCCAGGUGCGGCGCCGCAGCAGUGGCACUGUCAUCUGGGACUCACAGCUGCCGACAUUCAUGUUCAGUGACCAAUUCCUGCAGAUCUCCACACACCUCCCAGCACCGUUUGUGUUUGGCUUCGGCGAGACUGAGCAUGACGCCUUCCGCCACAACCUGGACUGGCACACCUGGGGCAUGUUCACUCGCGACCAGCCCCCAGGCUACAAGCUGAAUUCCUAUGGUUUCCAACCUUUCUACAUGGGGCUGGAAAAGGAUGGCAAUGCUCACGGUGUCCUGCUGCUCAACAGUAACGCCAUGGAUGUCACUUUCCAGCCAACCCCAGCCCUCACCUACCGCACUGUUGGUGGCAUUCUGGAUUUCUAUCUGGUCCUAGGGCCAACUCCUGAGGAAGUGGUGCAGGAAUACACAGAGCUGGUGGGACGCCCAGUAAUGCCUGCCUAUUGGGCCCUGGGCUUCCAACUCUGCCGCUAUGGCUAUGAAAACGAUGCCGAAAUUGCCCAAUUGGUCAAUGACAUGAACCGAGCCCAGAUCCCUCUGGAUGUGCAGUAUGCUGACAUCGAUUACAUGGAGCGCCAGCUGGACUUCACACUCAGCCCACGCUUCCAGGGGCUCCCAGAGCUCGUGCGGCGCAUCCAGAGCAAUGGGAUGCGCUUCAUCCUCAUUCUGGACCCAGCCAUCUCAGCCAACGAGACUAAUUACCCGGCCUAUGAUCGUGGCAUGCAGCAGGAUGUCUUCAUCAAGUGGCCCGACAGUGAUGACCUUGUCUACGCCAAGGUGUGGCCGGACCUGCCCAACGUGGUGGUCAAUGAUUCCCUGGAUUGGGACACCCAAGUGGAGCUGUAUCGGGCCUUUGCUGCCAUGCCAGAUUUUUUCCGGAACUCCACCAAGGAUUGGUGGGCACAGGAAAUUGCUGAAGUCUACGAAAACCCCCGGAACUCCUCCCUCAGCAUCAAAUUCGAUGGACUCUGGAUCGACAUGAAUGAGCCCUCAAGCUUUGUCCAUGGCACCAUCGGCGGCUGCCGGGACCAGAACCUCAACUUCCCACCCUACAUGCCCCAAUUGGGAUCCCGAUCUGAGGGCCUGAGCUUCAAAACCAUCUGCAUGGAGGGGCAGCAGCAGCUGCCAGACGGGUCGCCCGUACGCCACUAUGACGUCCACAACCUCUACGGGUGGGCGCAGACCAAACCCACCUUGGACAUCCUGCGGAACCUCACAGGGGAGCGUGGGAUAGUUGUCACACGCUCAACCUUCCCCAGCAGCGGGAGGUGGGCGGGGCACUGGCUGGGGGACAACACAGCUGCCUGGAACCAGCUGGACAAAUCCAUCAUUGGAAUGAUGGAAUUCAGCCUCUUUGGGAUCUCUUAUAGUGGGGCCGAUAUUUGUGGAUUUUUCGGGGAGCCCUCAUAUGAACUCUGCGCCCGCUGGAUGGAGCUCGGUGCCUUCUAUCCCUAUUCCCGCAACCACAAUGGGAACAAGGCCAAGCGCCAGGACCCCGUGGCCUGGAAUUCCACUUUCGCGGAUCUGUCCCGGGCCGUGCUCCAGCUCCGGUACCGGCUCCUGCCCCACCUGUACACACUGAUGUUCCACGCCCAUGUCCGUGGCAGCACUGUGGUGCGGCCCCUCCUGCAUGAGUUUGUGGAGGACAGAAUUACGUGGGACAUUUACAGGCAGUUCAUGUGGGGGGCGGGUCUGCUCAUCAGCCCUGUCCUGGAGCCGGGUGUAUCCGAGGUGCGUGCAUAUCUGCCUGAUGCCCGCUGGUUCAAUUUCCACACUGACGAGGAGGUUGUAUUCCGUCACCAGUUCCAGAACUUUCCAGCACCCCUGGGCCACAUCAACCUCCAUGUGCGGGGAGGCCACAUCCUCCCCCAGCAGCUCCCAGCCAACAACACUUGGUUCAGCCGCCAGAACCCGCUGCUCCUGACUGUUGCUCUGGACGACGCCCAGGAGGCCUCGGGGAACCUCUACUGGGAUGAUGGCGUGGGCAUCGACACUUUUGAGAAGGGCGAGUACCUGAUGAUGUCGUUCACCGCCAGCUCUAACAUUCUGGAGCUGCGGGUGCUGCACGGGGGGUACAUGGACCCAAAUUCCCUGAAAUUCACAGAAAUCAAGGUGCUGGGGGUCCCUGGGAGCGUCCAGGAGGUGACAGUGACACGCAAUGGGCUUGAUGUCCAGUCCCCUCAUGCCGUGGCCCAUGACCCCCAAAAACAGGUGCUGAAAAUCACCCAACUGGAGCUGGAGCUGGGUCAGAACUACACCCUGAAAUGGACCUAA